AUGUUUAUUCUUUCCUUAUUUGUCAUCCUAUUUAAGCUGAAUCCACUUCCGGGCCACGAUGCCAAUUUAGUAGAUUCAUCUUGCCACGAAUUAUCUACCCCUUCGCAGCCAAAUAAUCACGGUGCCGAAUCUGACCCGGUUUCCACUUCUCUUCAGUCUACCUGCUCACUACCAUUUUCUCAUCCCGAGAUGGAAACUAUAUCCACACCUUUAGGACAAGCUGCUGGUCACCAAAAUAGUUGGCUGGCUGAAGCCAAUCAACUGAAUUCAUAUGCAUCAAUUGUAUCAAACGACGAUUUUGUCAUUGAAUCAGAACGCUUCGUGGCAGCCGAAGAUUUUGAGCGAGAUGACCAAGAGAUGGAUCUGGAAGUUGAUGGAGGUGACAAUGAGGAUGAUUUGGAUGAGGAUGAUGAAGUGUAUGAUGUAAGUCUCCUUCACUUUCUUCUAUCUAUAAUCCUCAGUCAUAGAAUCAUGAGUAUAUUUUUACCUUCAGUAACUAAUUCGAAGACAGAAGAAUCUUCUGAAAAAUCAAACCCUGUAUAA